AACCGUGUUGCCACACCCCUUUUCCUUUACGGCAUCCUGGUCUGAACGGCUGUCUAUGGUUUAUGUGCCUCUGUGUGUGUGUGUGAGAGAGAGAGAGAGAGAGAGAGAGAGAGACAGAGACAGAAAGAAGAGAGAGACGGGAGAUGGGAGGGGGGUUUGAAGAAAUGCAAAGCAGGUGAAUUUCGCAGCCCGCUCACAUGCCUGGGUCUGCAUGCCAAGGAGCAGCGGCGGCUUCUUUCGUUUUUGGAGCUUCUAACAAAAGGCGGCUUCAGUCCCCCAAUAUGAUCCUAUUAGUCUCAGCGGGUUGAGUCUCGGAUUCCUUGUUCCAGAAUGACAACAACAGGGCUGGAGGGGGGGCUCAGCGGAGGAUUUGUAGAAGGCAGCGGCCGCCAGGGCCGUCCUUAAAGGAAACAGGAAGUGCCGAGAAGUAAUAACGCAACGUGCUCGGGGUGGGCAAUGGUCCGGCUUGGGAGCGCUCUUUCCUCAAGCCUCUGGAUCUGGCGCGGGGCUUUAUGACACCGCUGUUUCUUGUGAAACUCUCUUUUCAGGUACAGGAUUUCCUGCCCGGAGGAAAUCACAAUUCGCUUGGAACCUGAUUCCAACCGGGAAUGUUUUUUUCCUCCGGCUGCUUUUCCCGCCGGGUAUUAAAUAUAUAUAUAGAUAGAUAGAUAGAUAGAUGUAUGUAGGAAAGUUGAACAGAUGUGACGGUUCUUUCUUGCCUUUUUUUUUUUUUUUUAACCGGGGAUAGUCCGUCAUUUUUCCUUGCGAGGCUUCUUCCUCCUCCCCAUCAGCGAUACAUGCAUUUGCAUUGAUCUUACUGGAGGCGGCAUUAAGCCCUCAGUUUCAGAGUGAAAGAAGAUUCCCAAAGCGGGAUUUUAUUUCUUUGAAAUCGGAGCCUUUGGGCUCCCUCGGGUUUUUUUUUUUUUUUCCCCUUCUUUUCUUCCCUUCCCUUUCUGUCGAGCAGCCGCUUCCCUCCCUGGGUAGGUGUCUGCCGGAGAAGCAGCCGGAGGACAAGCCGUGGCAGGAUGGAGAACCCACCUAGAGGGGCCCCCUUGACGCUAGCACAUCCUCACUGCAGCCCGGGGGCUAAUUCUGCUGCACAAUGAUAGUGGCCGAGGCUCCCCUGCAAGUGUCCCAAGCUCCCGGGAAGAAAGGAAGAUAAAUGGUUUUCGAAGUUGAAAGGGCAGCUUUGUAAUGGCGUUAAGUAGCAUCCUGGGAGCACCUUUGGUUCACAAUGGUGUGUCGACAUCCUCUUCUCUUCUCACGGAGCAAGAAAAUAGCACUGCCUAGGACCCUCUUCUCUGAAGUGAGUCAAGGAGCUUUAUUUCUAGAUGAAAAGUUUGUUUUGUGUGCGGUUAUUCUUCGUGUUUUGUCCCUUCUUUCUUGCCAAAAGGAUUAAGGAAUGCUGAAUAUGUAUUUAAGAAGGAAGAAAAAGCAAUAUCUAUUUCUAAAGGACAGCAUGGCAAAACAGUAUGAAGUUUUGCUUUUCCUCUUAAAAACUGAUCUAACACAGAUGGCAAGAAACUCACUUUUGACUCACAUUUUCCUACUGUCUAAAAUGCUGCAUAUGAAGACACUUUAAUUCAUACUUGGAAUUUAUCAAGGGGAAUUACUGCCUUUAUUUAGGAUCAGCUACAUAAAGCUACAUUUCUUUUAUGAUAUUUUUUUUCUUACACAAGCAAAUGGCAUUAAUGGAUGGACCUAGAGUUAGAAAAAAAUAAAUUCUUCAAGUUCAGUUCAACUCCCAGUGACUACCCGGACACAUCCCUGCAGUUUUCUAGGGGACAAUACAGAACUCAUUUGCAACUGCAUUCUUCCAGGAUAUAUAUAUUUUUUGGACUUCCCAAUCUUGCGUACAGAAGGUCUCUCAUCCAUGUGCCAACCAGGCCUAACAUUGCUCAGCUUCUGAGUCCAGAUAUGGUCUGCAGGUGCUAGAAAAUUUUAGGAAAAUUCUGUUCUCUAUGCUGGAGCUCCAGAAACACAUGGAAUACGAUAUAUAUGUAUAUAUAAGCAUAUAUAUUGAAAACAAUUGCAAUAGUCCAUUACACUAGCUGAUGCUAUUGUUGCUGUGGAGUGUACCUAUGAAUACCGCAAGAGAUAAAAGUUUUGGAUUGAUAAAGACUGAUGCUGACAGAACUAUGAAUGUGAUGCAUGUAAACAAUUUCCCAUUCAGAAGGCAUUCAUGGAUAUGUUUCGACGUAGACAAUGGCACCUCAUCGGGACGGAGUCCCUUGGAUCCCAUGACAAGCCCUGGAUCAGGGCUAAUUCUCCAGGCAAAUUUUGUUCACAGUCAACGCAGAGAAUCCUUUCUCUACCGAUCAGAUAGCGACUAUGAUCUGUCACCAAAGUCUAUGUCCAGGAACUCCUCUAUUGCCAGUGAUAUACAUGGAGAUGACUUGAUUGUGACACCGUUUGCUCAGGUGCUUGCCAGUUUACGUACUGUACGGAACAAUUUUGCUGCAUUAACCAACCUUCCGGAUCGAGCACCUAGCAAACGGUCACCAAUGUGUAACCAACCAUCUAUCAACAAAGCAACCAUAACAGAGGAGGCCUACCAAAAACUGGCCAGCGAGACCCUGGAGGAGCUGGACUGGUGCCUGGACCAGCUGGAAACCUUGCAGACCAGGCACUCCGUCAGUGAAAUGGCCUCGAAUAAGUUUAAAAGAAUGCUCAAUCGAGAGCUAACCCACUUAUCUGAAAUGAGCCGAUCAGGCAAUCAAGUCUCUGAAUAUAUAUCCAACACAUUUUUAGACAAGCAGCAUGAAGUGGAAAUCCCAUCUCCAACACAGAAAGAAAAAGAGAAAAAGAAACGGCCUAUGUCUCAAAUCAGUGGAGUAAAAAAGUUGAUGCACAGUUCCAGCUUAACAAAUUCUAGUAUCCCCAAAUUUGGAGUCAAAACAGAUCAAGAAGAUAUUCUAGCCAAGGAGCUAGAAGAUGUAAAUAAAUGGGGCCUCCAAGUGUUUAAAAUAGCCGAAUUAUCUGGGAACCGACCUUUGACAGUCGUCAUGUAUACAAUCUUUCAGGAACGGGAUUUGCUAAAAACGUUUAAAAUUCCACCAGACAUGUUAAUAACCUACUUGAUGACGCUGGAGGACCAUUAUCAUGCAGAUGUGGCAUAUCACAACAAUAUACAUGCUGCUGAUGUUGUACAAUCAACACAUGUGCUUUUGUCAACCCCAGCUUUGGAGGCCGUUUUCACAGACCUGGAGAUUCUAGCUGCUAUUUUUGCCAGUGCAAUACAUGAUGUUGACCAUCCUGGGGUUUCAAACCAAUUUCUUAUCAACACAAACUCUGAACUUGCCUUGAUGUAUAAUGAUUCAUCAGUUUUAGAAAACCAUCAUCUAGCUGUUGGCUUCAAAUUAUUGCAGGAGGAGAAUUGUGACAUUUUCCAGAACUUGACAAAAAAACAGAAGCAAUCAUUGAGGAAGAUGGUCAUUGACAUUGUACUUGCCACAGACAUGUCUAAGCAUAUGAAUCUAUUGGCCGAUUUGAAAACAAUGGUUGAAACCAAGAAAGUGACUAGCUCUGGAGUUCUACUUCUUGAUAACUAUUCAGACAGGAUUCAGGUUCUACAAAAUAUGGUACACUGUGCAGAUCUAAGCAAUCCAACAAAGCCACUCCAGUUAUAUCGACAAUGGACAGAUAGAAUAAUGGAAGAAUUCUUUCGUCAGGGAGAUCGAGAAAGAGAAAGAGGCAUGGAAAUAAGUCCCAUGUGUGAUAAACACAAUGCAUCUGUAGAAAAAUCACAGGUGGGUUUUAUAGACUACAUUGUUCACCCUCUCUGGGAGACCUGGGCGGACCUUGUCCACCCAGAUGCCCAAGACAUCUUAGAUACAUUGGAGGACAAUCGUGAAUGGUACCAGAGCACAAUCCCUCAGAGUCCUUCUCCUGCAGCGGAUGACCAAGAGGAAGGUAGACAAGGACAAACUGAAAAAUUUCAGUUUGAACUAACAUUGGAAGAAGAUGGUGAAUCAGACACAGAGAAGGACAGUGGGAGUCAAGUGGAAGAAGAUACCAGCUGCAGUGACUCCAAGACUCUUUGCACCCAAGACUCAGAGUCCACAGAAAUUCCACUUGAUGAGCAAGUGGGAGAAGAGGUGGUAGAGGAGGAAGAAGAGGAGAAUCAGUCAGAACCUUGUGUGCUAGAAGAACGGUCUCCUGACACGUAACAGUAUGCUAAGUGCAUAGCUCUCUAUACUCUCUCCUUUUCUGUUUUUAAAAGCUGAAAAUGGUUUCCAAAGUGCAUAUCAUAUGGCACAACCAUGAUCAUGCCUCGCCGUCAUCUGCCAGAGUUGUUUGUUGAUCAAAAACUUAGUUCGGCACUCAGGAUUAGUGUGACCAGAAUUAUUCAUCUCCAUGGCACCAGAGAAUGAAGGAAAACAUCUGCAAAGAACAGUUGAAUUAAGAGUUCAGCUUGGCUGAUUUGAUGAGAGACUGACAGCACUCACAGCUGUUUUUCAAAAGGAGUAAAGGCUGGUCCAAAGCUAAUGUGAGUGUGUGUGUGUGAGAUUAUAUGUGUGUUUUGUAUUAGGUUUUAAUUUCAUGAGGAGGCAAUUAAUACCAUACGUUUAAUGAUUAACACCAGAAUCUAAAGAAAGUGACCAGCAAAUGAAUCAAGUUGUCUAGUGGAAAAUAAAUGCACUCAAAUAUCGGGAUACAACAUGAAUCAGUAGGAAGAUGAAGCUGUGGAAAUCACAUACUUUUCUAAUUUCAAGUCUUCCUGACACAUGACUGAAAAAGGUGUAGCUCAAUGGUUGCACUGAAGUCUGCAUUUUGUAUCAUAUGUAAAACAGAAAUCUUUUUGUAGAGUUUACUUUUAUUAUUAAAUGUGUUGGGUUAUUAUAUUUAAAAAAAUGCAACACCCUCUGAAUUUCAUCUGCCAGUGGCUUUUUCUUCCUCCCUCUUCUCCUAUCCCCAAAAAAGAGUAACUUGCAAGUUUUCAGUACAUGUAUAUGCUACACUGGAUAAAUUGAAUUUUAUAUUUGUUUGCACUUAGAUUUUUCAUAGCAAUUCCUUCAACUGUUAUAAAAUAGCCUUUUGUUUUAUAGACCAAUGAUACGUAUAUGAUGCUCUGUUAAUUCUCUCUCACCCACCCACUUACCCAGUCUCUUAUUGUAGGAAAACACUUCGUUUUCUGUCUUUUUUUUUAUAUAUAUAAAUGUCCAAAAGCAGCAAUAUAUUAUCUGCUAUGAGCUCUUUGGCCUCACAAAUAGCUUAGUCCUGCAGAUCCAACGUUUAUGGUUGUGGGUUAAUUCCCCUCAACCAAAACAAUUAUUUUUUAAAUCUAGUGGAACACUAGAGUAGCAGUUCCCCAACAUUUGGGUUGCAACAACUGAGGGGUGGCAGGAAUUUGGACCAUUAGGAUUCAAUCUUCCUAUAGUAGAUGCAUUGGGGUUCAGAAAGUUGAAAUGAAUGACAAGUAAUAGUGCAUGGAAACUUGAGAAUGCUCUAAAACAAAAUUAUUGGAAACUCAUCAGUAUGAAUAAAUUUGGAUCUGAGGUUUUCAGAUCUAUGGCCAGUAUAAGUGUGACUUUCCUAUUAUAUAUACAAAUGUUUUAUUUGCUAACUGAAUAUUUCCUUUUCCAUGAGACAGUUUGUUGGAGUGAACAAUAGCAUUGUAGGAAUCUUUUGCCCCAAUGACUUACUAGACCAACAAAUAAGUACUUUGGUUGGGGGCAUGCGGGCAACUGUCAUUGCACAGUACUUCAGAUUGUAUUUCUGCAAACAGGUUGUUUCUAAGGGAUUUUUUUUUGUUACAUCAAAAACUUUUUGAAAGGGUUUGUGCUGUUGUGGGAAGUGCACUACCCUACAAAACUGACAGGUUGUGUGAGGGGGAAAAAAAGCAUUGCAGAGCAAAGUGUAGACUGCCAUCCAUUGUAGAAUUACAUGCCAUUAUGGCUGUUAAUUAAAAUGGGAUUUGCGUAUCUAAUUUUAAAUUUGGCUGUAGCUGUAGCAUACAGCUAUAAUUAUGUGUAGGAAAUCUAUGCACAGUAGCAGACAUUAAUGCAGAUUGAUGUCUGUGAGGAUUGAAAUGGGCCAUCCUCACCUGACCUGUACUGCCUUUCUCUUGCCAGAUUGCAUUAGUAGGCACAUAUUCAUGCUGCUUUAUCAACAUGGUACAUUUCCUUGACUACAUAGAUCCUCUUAUCUUUGACCUACAUUUGCAUAAAACAGCUCCUCGCCGUAUGCAAAAGCUUUGCACAAGAGUUAUUGCAAUCCCAGUAUUGAAGCAACUUUGUUGGACUGGGUUUGAAUCAUGAGUCUUUGUUUUGCUGCAAUGAAAACAGAAAUUGGAUUGGAUUGGAUUGGAUUGGAUCGAGCCUAAAUUAAUAAGGCUUUAGUCUCAUUGUAAUCAAUGAAACUAUUCCUUCAUUUAUUUAGAAUUAAGACUUGUUUUGUAUAUCAAGUUCUUACGGUAAGCACUGACUAAUGAGGAUUUUUGAAAAAUGUUUUAAUGUGUUGGUUCUUUCUUAGUUCUUAAUGCCUUUUGUUAAAAAAAUACCAGCUAGGGAAAUGAAUGGAAGAAUUUCAUCAAAUUGCUGUUAGCAUAAAUUCAUGGCCUCUCCUUCACUACUUCGACAUUUGUACAGUCCCCAAGAGUGCCUGGAAUUUUAAUGAAAAAAAAAAAGCAAUAUAAAUUCCAAAAAUCUAAAUGGACAUAGAAGGGUAUUUUUUUUUUCUGCACUAAUAGUUUAAUCAAUAAAGAGGAGUGCUCUCUGGCUUGAGCCAGCAAAUUCUGAGGAAAGAACUGUUAAAUACAUAAAUAUCUUUGCUCUUUAACAAGAUUUCCCAAAUACUAAUUUCAAGGAGGUUUCAUUCAUUGCUGGAUCUUGUUAGAGUGCACACUGUAAGAUUAAACUUUCAAAGAUAAUGGAGACUGUAUUGUGUAUUGUGUAAAAAUACACCCAUACACAUGGACAAUCAAAUGACAGAAAGCAUAAUAAUUUUUAGAGCCAGGGAUUUGAAUGCACUGUACAAUCUUUUCUGUUUUGUUUUUAUUUUAUUUUGCCUGAAGUGUGUGAUAGCACACACAUGGCUGAAAAAAAUAUUAAAAGGUGACUUUACAUGUGCUCUCUGUGUUUGCCACAAGUAAAAUGCAAAGCAUUGGUACAGUUUUGAAAAGGAGGGUGGGAAAAUGGGGGAAAGGUGAGAGGAAUAUGAGUUUGCAUUUAUACUUUAGCUUGCAAGUUACUGUUCUUGGUAAUGUGUCUGUUCCUUUUUAUUUCUGAUUUCAUGUCAUCGUUUUAAAAAAAAUGUGAUCAGAUAAUAUAGGUAGAACAAAUCACAUUCAAAAGCUUUUUUUAAAAAAAAACUUGAGAAUGAAAUGAAUUUUACAACUUCGUCAUUUAUUUUACAAUGCAUUUAUUUAUUUUUUAUUUGUGCCAUGCAUAUUUUUUUCUCACCAAAUGACCUUACUUGUAAUAAGUCUUGUUUGUCUCUGUUUACAGCUAUGUAUUUAUUGUAAUGUAUAUAAUGUAAUGUUAAUUGUAAAUUAUAAGUUCUUAUUAUAACAUCAUCCUUGCCAGGAUGGUGUUGCUAUAUUUGGAAACUCUUGGUGAGAGAAUUAAUAUUGUGUAUACAUACUCCCCUUGUACAUUUUUCCCCCCUCGUGUAAUAUAUCCUAUAUCACUUUAGAGCUUGUUUAUGGAAGAGUUGAGAAAAAUGAUAAAAUACAUAGAUAUAUAAAUUAAAAGCUGCAGGUCUUUGGUCCCAGGGCUGUGCCUUAACUUUAAACAAAAUUUUCUUCUGUUUUGCUGCAUUUGGAAGAAAGGUGGUAGCAAACAUGGGCUGGGCGUAUCUCCAAUAUGCUUUUUUAUAAAGGGACUUAAGUUGUGUCCCAUCUAGGAAUGUUCUCUUUUCCACUAUCUAGGAUCCACUGAAGCUGAGUUUUUGGGGAGAAGGGUUGUUUUUUUUUUUUUAAGGGUAAGAUGGCAAGAGACUGUGCAACUAAAAACUGCCAUCUUGACUCUUUGAGACGCCAUGUGGAUGCCCCUGCCGGCAUCUGACCUCCUUUUGGAUAUUUGCCUUCUCUCUAAUGGAAUAUACAUUCCCCUUCAAAGCAUUUCUUGAGGGAUUCUUCACCUUUCUUAGAGAAAGUAAAGGAAAAAAAAUGCUACCAACACUUAAUCAACAAGAAUGAGCACUAAAUCAAUGGCAGCUACUGCUCUUAAGCCCCACUGAAACAAGGCAGACACUUUCUGUCCAUACCAAGGCAAUUCAUAUAGGCAGAUUAUUCCCAUUAUCUUUAAUACAGUGGCUCUCCAGAUUAGACCUGUAUUGAUAUUGCGCUGUAAAACAGGACCUAUCCCCUCCAAUAAGGCUUUCAGGCAGCCAAAAGCUUACUUCUGUAUGAAUGAAUGUGCAGAAGAACGUCUGUAGCUUUUCUACAUCAUUGAAACACUACCGUUUGUUUUAGACAGAAUCAACAAUGGCCUGAAAUGUGUCUCGCUGCUGCUCUUAUACAUGAAGCUUCGUAGUUCAGAUACCUCAUCUCCAUUGCACCCGCGCCCAGCCCAUGUAGCAUGUGAUUGCUCGGUGAAAGGAGAGAUUCUUUUUCAAGAAAAACAGCCGCCUCCUUGACACAAACUGUAGAUUUUAGCAGCCCUGGCCCAAAGGAAUACGACUGCUUUUGUUUUACACAAUAUAAAAGGGACACUAUUACAACAGAAUUCCUGAACAAUAUUUUCGUUGUUUUCAGUUGGUUUUGUUUCCUUCGGGUAUGUCUUUAGAGUGACAGAGUAUGCGAACAUUGCAAAUAAUUCAAUGGUUUCUUAGCCUCUCUUACAGCCUAUGGAAUAGUACUGUAUGUCAGAUACCUUCAUAUGAAAUUUUUAUAUGCAAUGGAAAUAAAAGCAUGGGUUGAUUCUG